AUGACCCAAUCCACCAAUACAGUCCUUCUGUUCGGACCACAAGCCCUUUCUUUUGAACAAGAGUCUUUUCAUCAGAUACGAUCUACGUUGCUAUCCACAUCUCAAUACAACUGGAUUCUCGGAGUUGUAGCCGAACUGCCUAAUCUCUUCAGCAGGGCUAAAGAAAAACUCCCCAAAGUCAAGUCGACAUCGGGGGCAAAGCUACUUGAUGACUUGAACGACUGGCUUCGCUCUGGCGUUAUCAACGAGUCCUCAUUCCAGUUGCCAAAUAUUCUUCUCAGCCCACUCAUCAUCAUCGUUCACCUGAUCGAGUACUCUCAGUACCAACAACUCUCGUCUGGAUCGGAGAAUGGACACAAAGAGACAAUCGGAUUCUGUACUGGUUUCUUGAGCGCGCUGGCCGUGUCAAGCAGUGACAGCCAGGUCAAGUUUAAACAAUAUGGUUCUGUUGCAAUUCGACUGGCGAUGUUAAUUGGAGCUGUGGUCGAUGCAGAGGAUGCUGUGGGAGAACAUGGUGAAAACAAGUCUCUUGCCACGGCGUGGAAUUCGCCUGAACUAAAGGGUGAAUUGACCAGGGUUUUGGACAGCAUUCCAGAGGCGUAUAUCUCCGUCAGCUACGAUGAAAACAGAGCCACCGUCACCACAUCCACCAGCACCAUAGCGACUCUCCAACAGCAAUUGCGCGCAGCAAACAUCAUAGCCACUCAGAUUGACCUUCGAGGCCGAUUUCACUCUACCGCUUACGAGAAGGAACUUGACGCUCUGAUUGAGUUCACUGAUUCGGAAACAUCUCUUCAAUUUCCACCUGCCUCGUCUCUGGUUCUUUCAACUUGGGCCAAUGGUGGAGAGAUCAUCAAAGAUGACAAGCCACACCACGCUGCUUUGCGCUCCAUUCUCCUUGACCAUUCCCAGUGGUUCCAGACAUUCAGUGCAGUUCAAUCCUCUAAGCUGAGCAGCUCCACCGAUACUGUUGUCUCCUUUGGCCCUGAACGAUGCAUUCCCCCUUCUAUCCUUCGUCGUAUCCCCGCUGAAGUAAUUCAUUUCGCCGAACGUAACCCGACCACUCGUCAGUCAGAUAAUGAUAUUGCAGUUGUUGGGAUAGCAUGCAAUGUCGCAGGUGCAAGUGAUCUGGAAGAGUUUUGGAAUCUGCUCUGUGAGGGCAAAUCCCAGCAUCAGCCGGUCCCUGCAGAGCGCUUUGGCUUCGAGACCAUCUUCCGUGAUGUCGACACCAAACGCACAUGGUAUGGCAACUUCAUCAAAGACCACGACGUGUUUGAUCACAAGUUCUUCAAGAAGAGCCCAAGAGAAAUCAGCUCGACAGACCCCCAGCAGCGAUUGAUGCUUCAAAUUGCUUACCAGGCAGUUCAACAGUCUGGAUAUUUCCGGACUCCAAAUCCCAACAACAAAGUCGGCUGUUAUGUUGGUGUCUGCGCUGCUGACUAUGAGAACAACGUUGCUUGCCAUGCACCCAAUGCAUUCUCAGCAACCGGUAAUCUCAAGUCGUUUAUUGCUGGUAAGAUCAGUCAUUAUUUCGGCUGGACUGGUCCUGGUCUUACUAUCGACACGGCUUGUUCUUCCUCUGCUGUCGCUGUUCACCAAGCAUGCAGGGCUAUUCUCGCUGGUGACUGUGUAUCUGCAUUGGCCGGGGGUACCAACGUCAUGACCCAUCCUAUUUGGUUUCAGAAUCUAGCUGCUGCAUCCUUCCUCAGUCCAACGGGUCAAUGUAAACCCUUCGAUGCGAAGGCAGAUGGUUACUGCCGUGGAGAAGGUGUGGCUGCAGUAUUUCUGAAGAAGAUGUCGGCAGCCAUUGCAGACGGGGAUAUGAUUCUGGGAACCAUUUCCGGCACAGCUGUCUAUCAAAAUCAGAACUGCACCCCUAUUUUCGUCCCCAAUGCUCCUUCACUCUCUGACCUCUUCCGAGAUGUCACUCAGCAAUCUGGUCUCACUCCCAGUCAAAUCACCGUUGUUGAAGCCCAUGGCACCGGUACCCCAGUGGGUGAUCCUGCUGAAUACGACAGUAUUCGCCAGGUGCUAGGUGGUCCUGUCCGAUCGAAACCACUGCAUCUCGGAUCUGUCAAGGGGCUGAUCGGUCACACUGAAUGUACUUCUGGAGUAAUUUCGCUGAUCAAAGUACUGCUGAUGAUCCAAGAGGGCUAUAUCCCCCCUCAGGCCAGUUACUCUUCCCUCAACCCGGGCAUCAAGGCGACCCCAAGUGACCAGAUGCAAAUUUCAACCACACUUCAGCCGUGGGAAGACAGCUUCAAGGCUGCUUUGAUCAACAACUACGGCGCUUCUGGCUCCAACGCCUCGAUGGUGGUAACACAGGCCCCGUCCAGAAUCACUAUUGAGACAUUAUCCUCUCGCAAGGACAGUGUUCGUCUUCCAAUCUGGAUAGCUGCUCUGGAUGAUCGCAGUCUCCGUGCGUACUCUGCCCGUCUUCGCCAAUUCCUCUCGGUCAAUACCAUCUCACCGAAACGUCGCUCUGUCACGAAUCUGGCAUUCAACCUGUCGCAUCAGUCCAACAGGGCCUUGGACAAAGCACUCAUCUUCAGUUGCCAGUCUGUGGAAGAAAUCGAACAGAAACUGCGUGCUUUUGAAGCGGGAGACACCUCUGUCGCUUCGAUUCCCCGACCUGCUCAGAGACCGGUCAUCCUCUGCUUCGGUGGUCAGGUAUCAACCUUUGUUGGACUGGAUAAACAGGUCUAUGAAUCUGUCACUAUUCUACGCAAAUAUCUGGAUGAGGUUGAUCAGGUUUGUCGGUCCAUCCAAGUUGAAAGUCUCUACCCAGGUAUCUUCCGACGCACGCCUUUUGAAGAUCCAGUCCAGUUGCAAACUAAGCUGUUUGCCCUGCAAUAUGCCUCUGCCCGUAGCUGGAUUGACUGUGGUGUCCAUCCUGUUGCUGUUGUUGGUCACAGCUUUGGUGAACUGACAGCACUCUGCGUAUCGGGAGUUCUCACUCUUGAAGAUGCGGUCAAGAUGAUUGCUGACCGUGCUCGCAUUAUUCGCGAAUCCUGGGGAGCAGACAAAGGAUCCAUGAUGGCUGUCGAGGCUGAGCAGUCUGUUGUGGAGCGCUUGUUGGCUGAAUCCCAUAAAGCUUGCCCAGAGGAACGUGCAGCUACGAUUGCUUGCUUCAAUGGUCCUCGAAGCUUUACUCUAGCUGGUUCGGCCAAGGCCAUCGAUGCCGUCCAGGAGACCAUCCGCAGCUCCUUUUCAUCGAUGAAGAACAAACGACUGAAUGUUACCAACGCAUUCCAUUCUACUCUUGUGGAGCCAUUGAUGAAUGAGCUGGAACAUUCUGCUAAGGGUCUCACUUUCUAUGAACCCAAGAUUCAUCUCGCCAUGGCCCGUGAAAAUCAGCGAGCGGAAACCAAGUUGACUGCGAAAUAUGUUGCUGACCAUAUGCGAGACCCCGUCUACUUCAAUCACGCUGUCCAGCACCUCAACGAGCAAUAUCCCUCGGCUCUCUGGCUUGAAGCUGGGUCUAAUUCCACUAUCACCACCAUGGCAGGACGGGCAUUGGGAAUUCCUGCAACGGCCCAUUUUCAGGCAGUCAAUCUUACCAGCGAGAACGGUUCGCUACAGAGUCUCACCGACAUCACUGUCAGUCUGUGGAAGGCCGGGUUGCCCGUCACCUUCUGGACUCACCAUGCCUCACAAUCAUCUGAAUACGCCCCUGUAAUCUUGCCUCCGUAUCAGUUCGACAAAGUGAAGCAUUGGUUGGAUCUCAAGAAGCCUCCUAAGGCUGUUCAAGAACAGCCGGCCGCUCAACCUCAGAUCCAGGACGAACUGCCUAAGAGUCUGUUGACCUUUUUUGGUUAUCAAGAUGGAAGCAAGCAGCGAUCCGCAAAAUGGCGUAUCAACACGAUGAUCCCAAAAUACGGGGAGAUGGUGAGUGGCCAUAAGAUUGCACAGACUGCACCCAUCUGCCCGGCUACACUCGAGGUUGAUAUAGCUGUCGAGGCUUUAAGAGGAUUAAGACCAGACUUUUCUGCCGCCCAUUUUCAACCACGCAUUCAAAAUGUCGACAAUCAGGCACCGCUUUGCGUUGAUCACUCGCGGUCGGUUUGGUUGGAAGCAGACGCACAGGAUAAGGACUGCAACGCGUGGACUUGGAAGAUUGUCAGCACUGAUUCCGGAAAGAAUGCAACUACAAUCCAUGUUACCGGUCAAAUUGCCUUCAAUUCUAUGGAAGAUCCUCAAGUCCAGUCAGAAUUCGGGCGCUACGAACGACUGGUCGGGCAUCAACGCUGCUCGAGAUUGCUCAACAGUAGUGAUGCAGAUGAUAUCAUUCAGGGCCGCAACAUUUACAAGACCUUCGCUGAGAUCGUGGACUAUGGGCAGAUGUACCGCGGUCUUCAGAAACUUGUCGGCAAGGACUAUGAAUCUGCUGGACGAGUGGUGAAGAAACCAUCCGGAGAGACAUGGUUAGACACACAUCUGUCCGACUGUUUUUGUCAGGUUGGUGGCAUCUGGGUUAACUGCAUGACGGAUCGAGAACCUCAGACCAUGUAUAUCGCCAACGGAUUCGAACAGUGGAUUCGAUCACCUAAGUUGGACAGUGACCGUCCCCGUCCAGAGAUUUGGGAUGUGUUUGCCUAUCACCACCGAUCAUCAGACAAGGCAAUCAUCACCGACAUUUUCAUCUUUGAUGCUGCUACAGGUGUUCUAACUGAGGUAAUUCUCGGAAUCAACUACGCCCAAGUUCCCAAGUUGUCCAUGAGUCGCCUUUUGGCUAGACUUAGCCCAGAUAUCUCCGCACCAGCAGCAUCAGCGCCUGCGCCUGCUCCUGCAAAGAUUGAUGCACCAGCCAUUUCCGCUCCUGUUCAGGCCAACCCAGCGAAAGCACCCAAGCCGAAGAAGGAGAAGAAGACUGCGGCCAAGCCCAAUAUUGCCGGCAAAGUUAAGGCUGUCCUAGCGGAUCUUGCUGGCUUGGAGAUUGCUGAUAUCAAAGAUGACGCUGAGCUGGCAGACCUGGGCAUCGACUCUUUGAUGGGAAUGGAAUUGUCCAAAGAAAUCGAGACUUCCUUCCAGUGCACUAUUCCUGUGGACGAUCUCGCCCAUGUCACCGACUUUCCCGGUUUGCUGAAAUGCCUAUGGUCUAUAGUAGGAGGAGCGGAUGAGUCCGAGAAUGAAGAAGACGAGAAAGAGAGCUCUGGUGUCGAUGAAUUAUUGGAUACCCCUGGAGUGAGCACUCCAGCCACCAGUGUGGCUUCUGUUCCUGAGGUCGAUAUCAUUGCAUAUCUGGCUGAGUUCCUCGGUUUGGGAGAGGGUGAUAUUGCACCAGGUACCCUUCUGCGAGAUCUAGGAAUCGACUCGUUGCUUUCGACAGAGUUGAGAUCCGACCUCGAAGGAAAGUUUGAGAUUCAUCUGCCUCACGAUGAACCAAUUGAGGAGUUGUCGAUUGAACAGUUGGAUGCCGCCAUUAACGGUCAUCCAGGCAGUGCUUCACCAGUCGAAGCAGAGAAGCCAGUUGCUCCUACUGCUCCAGUCAACAUGACCGUCCCCAGCAACAGCGGUGGCAAUGGACUCAACCUUCCCGUUCAAACGGUCCUUGAAGCAUUCGGAGAAACAAAGCAGCUCACCGAUAAAUUCAUUGAGGACUACCGAUGCGCAGAUUAUAUGGACACUGUCAAUCCCAAACAGACCCAGCUCUGUGUUGCUCUCACUGUGGAAGCCUUUGAACAGAUGGGAUGCCCAUUGAAGACCGCCACUCCUGGACAGAGAUUGGAUCGUAUUCAAUACCUCCCACAGCACCAGCGACUGGCCGACUAUCUUUACGAGAUGCUUGAAAAGGAAGCGAGAUUGAUUGAUAUCGAUGGCGAUAGGAUCACUCGUACUGCUAUCACUAUUCCGACCAAGUCCAGUGAGGCCAUCUUACAAGACCUUCGACAACAGUAUCCUGACCACGACUUUGCCAACCGGUUGACCUACUUUACUGGAACGCGACUGAAGGAUGUGCUAACAGGCAAUAUGAACGGAAUCAAGCUGAUCUUUGGCUCUGAAGAAGGACGAGAACUGGUCUCUGGACUAUACGGGGAUUCUCUGCUGAACAAACUCUCGUACAAGCAAAUGGAGGAUUUCUUCAGCCGUCUUUCCUCCAAGCUGCCGCCUAACCAUGGUCCUCUUAAGAUCCUCGAAAUGGGUGCUGGUACAGGAGGCACAACCAAAUGGGUUGUCCCCCUGCUGGCCAAUCUCAACGUGCCGGUUGAAUACACAUUCACCGAUCUCUCGCCUUCAUUUGUCGCCAUGGCUCGCAAAAAGUUCAAGGCGUAUCCCUUCAUGACAUUCCGAGCUCAUGAUAUCGAAAAGCCCCCUGCCGAUGAUCUGGUUGGCACACAGCAUAUCGUCCUCGCCAGUAACGCCGUCCACGCAACUCACAGCCUCAUCGACUCGACCAAGAACAUCCGUCGCUUCCUCCGUCCAGAUGGUUUCCUCAUGAUGCUUGAAAUGACCCAGACAGUCUACUGGAUUGAUAUGAUCUUUGGUCUACUGGAAGGAUGGUGGCUAUUCGAUGACGGGCGUCGCCAUGCCAUUUCCCACGAAUCCCGCUGGGAGAGAGACCUGCACUCGGUUGGAUUUGGUCACGUCGACUGGACAGACGGACACAGACCAGAAGUGAAGCUACAAAAGAUCUUCAUCGCGCUGGCAUCCGGGCCGAGGUACGAUGCCCUCCCCAUUGUCCCCCGGCCUGAGAACAAGAGCUUCCCGACUGACAAUUCGGCUCGUGCAGUGGCUGUUGAUGAAUACGUUAGGAAACAUACCAGUGGAUUUGCCAUUCUUGAAUCUCAUCAAAGCGCUAUUACCGAAAUAUCUGGUCACUUCAUCUUGUUGACCGGUGCCACUGGCAGCCUAGGAUCUCACUUGGCCAUGCAUUUGGCUUCUCUUCCGACCGUGGAGAAAGUUGUCUGCUUGAACCGACGCAGUGUCGGGGCAGAAGCCAAACAGCGACAGCUGGAUGCCUUCAAGUCCCGGGGUAUUCCUAUCCAACAGAACGCUCUGUCCAAGCUGCAAGUGAUUGAGGUCGACACAGCCAAACCCCUUCUUGGUCUCCCUCGCGAAGAAUACGAUCAUCUUACUCGGUCGGCAACGCAUAUCCUGCACAACGCAUGGCCCAUGAGUGGAAAGCGACCGCUGAAAGGCUUCGAGCUGCAGUUCCAGGUGAUGCGCAACUUGAUCAAUCUCGCUGCAGAAGCAUCUAGCCACCGUCCUGCGAAGGUGACCUUCCAGCUCAUCUCGUCCAUUGCCACGGUCGGUCACUAUCCUUUGCAGACCGGCCAGGUGUUGGUUCCCGAGGAACGCAUGGCAAUCGACUCAGUUCUUCCAAAUGGCUACGGCGAUGCCAAGUAUGUCUGCGAACGUAUGCUGGAUGAAACGUUGCAUAAACGCAGCGAUCGCUUCCGUCCGAUGGCUGUUCGAUUGGGCCAAAUUGCGGGAUCAUCGAUCAGUGGAUACUGGAAUCACAUGGAGCAUCUGUCAUUCUUAAUCAAAUCAUCGCAGACACUACAGGCACUGCCCGAUUUCGACGGCGAUCUUUGCUGGACUCCCGUCGAUCAGGUAGCAGGUACCCUUUCUGAUUUGCUCUUGGGUGAAUCCACUCCAUAUCCAAUCUAUCAUAUCGACAAUCCCGUUCGACAGCCGUGGAAAGAGAUGAUUCCUAUCUUGGCUGAUGCGUUGGACAUUCCCCGUAAGAAUAUCAUUCCCUUUUCUGAAUGGGUGCGACGAGUACGGCAGUUUCCGGGCCAUGUGGAGUGGGAUAACCCAGCAGCCAAGCUGAUUGAAUUCCUGGAUGACAACUUUCUACGCAUGUCGUGUGGAGGAUUACUAUUGGAUACGGUGAAGAGCAUAGAACAUUCCGAGACAUUGGCUGCAGUUGGACCAGUGGACGAGGAUACGGCCAGGAAGUAUAUUCGGUAUUGGAAGGAGAUUGGAUUCUUGAAUUAG